AUGGAAUCGGCAGUGGUCCGUUACGAUGCAACAGUGCGAAAUUCUAAUAACAAUAUUAUUCAAUUCCGUUAUGGAGAAGAUGGGCUUGCUGGGGAGCAUGUUGAGUUUCAGAAUCUAUCAUCCAUUAGACCUUCUGAUAGACUCUUUGAAAAACGCUUUAGAUUCGACUACUCAGAUGAGAAAUCUCUUCGAAAACAUCUUGCAGAAGACGUUAUGAAAGAAGUACAGUGUUCAGAAGAUGUGCACAACGAAAUAGACAACGAGUUCGAUCAGCUUGUCAAGGAUCGCGAAGCUGUCCGAUCGAUUUUUCCACGGGGAGAUUCCCGAGUUGUCUUGCCUUGCAACAUCGAAAGAAUCGUCUGGAACGCUCAGAAAAUCUUCAAUCUGAACAAAAUGUCUAAGAGCGAUCUUCUUCCGAAUUCAAUCGUCGGCAAAGUGCAGGAGUUAUCGGAAAAACUGAUCAUAGUCAGUGGAAAUGAUCGACUUUCUCUGGAAGCACAAAACAACGCGACAUUACUUUUCAAAAUUCAUCUUCGAGCAUCUCUCGCGUCGAGAAGAGUGAUUCAAGAAUAUUAUCUAAAUAGUGAAGCUUUUGACUGGGUUCUUGGAGAAAUUGAGUCUAAAUUCAACGCAGCAAUUGUUCAUCCAGGUGAAAUGAUCGGUGCCCUGGCAGCGCAGUCCAUCGGCGAGCCAGCUACUCAAAUGACGCUCAACACCUUUCACUAUGCCGGUGUGUCUGCCAAGAACGUUACUCUUGGAGUUCCUCGUUUCGGAGAGGAUCUCCAUUGUAUUUUCAAUGACGAUAACGCUGAAACUCUCACUCUUCGAAUUCGAAUCGUCAACAACUCGGGCAAAGAAGACGAUGGAGAUACUGCAGAGGAUAAAAUGGAAGACGACACUUUCCUUCGCUAUAUUGAAGCUAAUAUUCUAUCCGACAUGACACUGAAGGGAAUCGAACAGAUUACUAAGGUCUAUAUGAGCAUGCCCAAGGAAGAGUCGAAAAAGAAAAUCAUCAUCAACAAAGAGGGUGAAUUCAGUGCGAUUCAAGACUGGAUUCUAGAGACUGAUGGAACAGCACUUAUCAAAAUUUUGAGUCACCCAAAUAUUUGUGGAAUAAGAUGUCAAACUUGCGCUGGAAACAUGAAUGAUUGUCCCGGGCAUUUUGCGCACAUCGAACUUGCAAAGCCUGUUUUCCAUAUUGGCUUCUUCAACAAGACUUUGCGGGUAUUACGGUGCGUUUGCUUCUUUUGCUCAAAGAUGCUGGUGGACAAGAACGAUCCAAAGAUGGCGACGAUUCUGGCGCGCACGAAGGGUCAGCCUAGAAAACGACUCGAUUCCGUUUACGUUCUGUGCAGAGGAAAGCAGAAAUGCGAGGGAGGAGAUGACAUCGAUUCCGACGAAAAAACCAAAGGACCAUGUGCCAUCAGAGGAAACAAACGAUGGGAUUAUUCCGCAUAA